AUGAGCCUUGACAAAGAAGAAAAGCAAUUGGAGGAUAUAUCCAAGGAUAACGUCGAGCAGAUAGAGCAUGCUGAACAUUUCGAUGUCAAAGACCAGUCCGACCUCAGCGGCAUUGAGGCGACAGCUGCCUCCAAGACAGCUUGGCUGAUCUGCAUUGUCGUUUCCAUCGGUGGUCUCUUAUUUGGCUACGACACGGGCUAUAUCUCCUCAGUUCUAGUCACAAUUGGAUCGUCUCUCGGUCAUAUCCUUAGCUCGAGUGAACAGGAAAUGGUGACAUCCCUCACAAGUGGUGGUGCUCUAGUCGGUGCAGUAGGAGCUGGUCUUACUGCUGAUCGAUUUGGUCGUCGUUGGCCAAUUUGGGGCGCCUGUCUGGUAUUCGUGGUUGGAACUAUCCUCCAGACAUGUGCCUUUUCUGUCGCCCAGUUUGCGACCGGAAGAUUUGUUGUGGGCCUUGGUGUAGGAAGCGCAUCUAUGAUUGUUCCUCUCUAUAUUGGUGAGCUGGCGCCUGCGCAAUACCGUGGCCGCAUGGUUGCGUUCAACAACAUGAGUGUCACGUUCGGUCAAUUGCUUGCAAGUGCUCUCGGUGCGGGUUUUGCUGAGGUAAAAGGCGAGGGGUGGCGAGCGACCGUCGGCCUUGGAGCUGCCCCAGCUCUUGCACUCGCCGGGUUACUAUUUGUCUGUCCAGAAUCACCACGACAGCUGGUUACUCAUGGCAAACACGAAGCAGCGCAGGCUGUCCUUCUGCGAAUCUACCCGACAUCGACAGUUGAGCAACGUCAAGCUAAAAUAAGAUCAAUCGAGCUAUCCCUUCAGGAAGUCACUCAAGCUAUGGACAAAGAAUCCCUUUGGGUCACUUUCAAACGUAUUUUCACCACACCCGCCACCGGCCGUGCGGUUCUAACCGCCUGCAUGAUAAUGGCAAUUAGCCAACUUGGAGGGUUCAACACUCUAAUGUACUAUGCCGCAACGCUAUUUUCCAUUGUCGGAUUUAGCAAUGCCACAGCCGUCGGCAUCACAGUCUCCGGUACGAAUUUCGUCUUCUCAAUUGUCAAUCUCCUACUUGUGGAUAAGUUCGGCCGUCGUAUUAUUCUGACGAUCACCGUCCUUGGAAUGUCUCUCUGCAUGAUCGUCGCUGUCAUCGCGUUCCGAUAUAUCCCAAUAGAUACCGAGACUCUGGUUGUGCAGAGUAACAAUAUCGGCUGGCCAGGCAUCCUGGUCCUCGUCGCAAUUAUUUGCUACGUCGCCUGCUAUUCAUCUGGCGUCGCCACUAUUGCAUGGAUCGGCACCGAGCUAAUUCCUCUCGAAGUCCGCGCAAUGGGAACUAUGCUAAACACCGUCACAUGCUGGAGCACGAAUAUCAUCAUUUCAUCGACUUUCCUUUCCAUGAUGAAGAGUUGGACACCAAGUGGUGCUUUUGGGUUCUAUGCCGGAAUCUGCUUCUUCGGUUGGGUUUUCGUAGUCUUUUUCUAUCCUGAGUGCAAAGGGAUGCCGUUGGAAGCUGUCCGAGAAGUUUUCAGCAACGGAUUCGGGGUCAGGUAUUCAAAGAAGUGGCAGAAAAACCACAAAGACGAUGUCAAGGUUCAAACAAUUGUCUUGGGACAUUAG